AUGUCGUCGAACACUAGCGAUAACCUCCAUGCAGAACCAGGAAAAGCCGUGGCAGGGCCAUCUGACAAUCCCGGUUUCCUCCAGCUCGUUCUAGUCGCGACAGAUAAGGACAACGGCGAAGAUCGCUACGCCCUUGUGCCAUUUCCCAGCACAUAUGAGGACGCUCAGAGGGCAGCCCUCUCUUCCUUCAGCCACUACAUGGUCGGGGACAACAUCCCACUUGACAAAGUGAUCCUCCGCAUCCCCUCCAAAAACAAGGACGAUGAAUGGAUCUGGGCGGAUAUCACCCCUGGCAGUUGGAGCGUUCUCGCCCGCUCCGCUAAGGAGGUCGGAGUGUUCCAAGCGGGGAGGGAGCGCGCUCUCCUUCUGGACGACAACAGGUUCCUUGCGGGCCAUUGUUGGCUGGCGCUCGGAACGUUUGGAAAGGGUACAGUCUCUUGGUCCGCCGUGAAAAGGGUCUAUGACCGUGAUGGGAGUCCUGGCUCAGCCCUGAUCAGGCGUCCUCCAUCUUACGAGGAAGCGAUCACGUUGCUCGACGAUCUCCUCCGAGACAAACAUCUUUGGUAUGAACUCGGUGUUCCUUUCGGCAGGAUUCCUUCGGGUCUGGGGGAACUUGGACGAGAAGUCGUAUUUUUUUCGUUCCUGUCGGAAGAUGCUGGCGCGCCUUUCCAUACGUCGAUAUGGCAAGAGAUGCCCCGAACUGCGAAGACGGAUGUAGCGCUCUGGAGAGCGUGGGUUCCAUCUCCGAACUCUAUCUUAGGCGUAGCUCUGCGAGAUCGCGCUGAGUAGGAUUGUAUGCUUGUUAUUUUACAAAUGAUCAUUUUAAUUGAAGGUUUUUCCCCAGUUUCGCCCGACG